UAAAAGUUUUGACCUACAACAAGAGGUUGAGUCGCCAAUACUCAAUAUGAGUUUCGACUUUGCGGAUGCACCUCCAGCCGCUAAUACGUCGGAAGCUGCAGUAACAUCAAUAUUACCCCCACCUUCACUAUCUCUACCAUCACCAUCAUUACCAUCGCAACCGCCAACAACACAACUACAACCACCAUAUUUUACAUCGGAAGGUGUAAGAUUAUCAAUUGAUCAUAACUUGUUCGUUUCAACAGGAUCCUAUUACUUAUGA